GCACUGAUUCCGUAACAUCUGCCCUUGCAAAAUUCCUGCCUGCCCUCAGGCGGUCCCACGAUAGCUUCUUUGGCUGUCCCUUGAUGGGAACUCCAAAACGAUCUCAUCAAUUAGUCUUGUCCGUCUCUGUCAUGUUCAUUUCCUCAUCGUCCAGCUCCCUCAGCUUCUUUUUGUGUAUGCGUCUCUUUUCGUCGAUGUCCUCGAGCUUCCUCUUUCCCUUCAGCAUGGCUGCGAAAUCAUCCAUUCUUUCUUCAUUUUGUCCCGUUCUUUCUCCAUUUUGUCCCGUUCUUUCUGCAUCUUGGCGAUGGUUCUGGUAAGCUCCUUGAAUUGCUUGUUGAGACUCUCCACGUCUACUUCGUGGCUGUCUGGUGGUGGUUCGUCC